CAAGUGGAUAUAAUGUGAAUAAAGUGUUAAAUCAUGCGAGUGCUAGCAUGUGACAGUGGGUUUAACAUUUUGAACUCUUCAUAAGUCAGGAUCUCUCCCUCACCAGUGUUAAAUGGGCAAAGCUCCACCAUAGACAGCGCACCUUCUUCCCCAAAUAAUCAGCAAUGGGAUUUUUCUAGCUAAAAGUUUAAUGGGAUACACAACACCCGCUUGCUGUUUUAGUUUUAUUUGUACAUUCAGUCCUACAAAUGGCAGAGGGGGUUUUGAAAGAUCCUAACAGGACAUGUACAAGGUUUACGAAGAUAAAGGCACUGUUCACAAAAAAAAAGAUUUGGUUUACAAGAAAGAAAGCCCUAUAGGGCAUCUUACCUUGUCCCUGUUGGCAGUAGCGCUGCUCUCGUCAUUGGGAAGCUCUCUGCUUUAUGGUUAUAACCUGGCUGUGGUUAAUUCUCCUGCGCUAUACAUUAAGGACUUUUAUAACCAAACCAUUGUGAGACGUUAUGGGUCAGGAGUGGAUGAAGAGCAUCUUACGCUUUUCUAUUCAAUCACUGUGUCUAUAUUUGCCAUUGGAGGCUUGCUGGGCUCUCUCACAGUAGGAAUACAGGUUACCAAAUUUGGAAGGAAAGGGACGCUGAUACGCAGCACAGUUCUGGUGUUUGUAGGUGGAGGGUUGAUGGGCUUCAGUCGGUUAUGUGGCUCACCAGAAAUGAUUAUUAUCGGUCGCUUCAUUACAGGAAUACAUUCAGGGAUAUCUCUCAGCGUGGUGUCCAUGUUUCUUGGAGAAAUCGCUCCAAAGAAUCUCCGUGGAUUCCUGGGACUCAUGCCCAGCAUUUUCAUCUGUUUGGGUGUAUUUAUUGCUCAGGUUCUGGGGCUUCAUGAGAUCUUAGGCAAGGAAGAGUUCUGGCCUCUGUUCCUCUCUCUUGUCAUAUUGCCCACAUUCAUACAGCUCGUCUUCUUGCCAUGGUUCCCAGAGAGUCCAAGAUAUCUUUUGAUAGAAAAGCAGAACAUUCAUGCCACAAUCACAGCAUUGAAGUGGUAUCGUGCUAAGUGUAACAUCCAGGCUGAGGUGGAGGAGAUGCAGGAAGAGCAGCGAACUUUGACCUCAGUGAAGACGGUCUCAGUAUUACAGCUCUUCAAGGAUUCGUCCGUGCGCUGGCAACUUAUCACCAUCAUUGUGGUCAAUGCGGGAAUGCAGCUGUCAGGAAUCGAUGCGGUGUGAAUGUUGUGUGAAAAAGACAAUAAUGUUGUCGUAGAUAAAAACAGGACUGAUUUGACUUCUCUAUUUUUAGAUCCGGUUCUACACCAAUUCAAUCUUUGAGAAUGCCGGCAUUCCUGCUCAUCAGAGCCAGUAUACAACAGUAGGCACAGGAGCCAUA